UCAUAUUGAUAACCUAAACCACUACAUUGAUAACGUAAUCAUCUGGAACUUGAGUGUUGGAGAUGAUUGCAAAAUUAGAAGGAAUCUGUGCAACACAGAUUUGAAGUCUCUGUCAACGUACAAAAGGAAAAGAGAGAGGGCGUAGAUGAGGCUCGAUCGAAAUUCGUUCAAUGUUCAGCUGACGGUCUUCCAUCUUAACGUUUGAGUUAAAAAGUGGUGUGUAAAAAAAUCAUCCGUCUACAAAUCGCAAAGAUGUCGCGAGGCAGCAGUGCUGGUUUUGACAGGCAUAUUACGAUAUUUUCACCUGAAGGUCGGCUUUACCAAGUAGAAUAUGCCUUCAAAGCUAUUAAUCAAGGAGGUCUGACAUCUGUCGCUCUGAAGGGCGUCGAUACCGCGGUUUUUGCUACACAAAAAAAAGUACCGGACAAGCUACUCGAUCCAUCAAGCGUAACUUAUGUGUUCCAACUAACUGAAGAUAUCGGCUGCGUUAUGACAGGGAUGAUUGCUGACAGCCGAUCUCAAGUACAGCGGGCUCGCUACGAAGCUGCUCAUUUUAAAUAUAAGCACGGGUACAGUAUCCCUGUAGACGUCUUGUGCCGUAGAGUGGCUGAUAUCUGCCAAAUUUAUACGCAGAAUGCAGAGAUGAGGCCCCUUGGAUGUUCAAUGAUGCUGAUAGCCCAUGACCAGGAAAAAGGACCAUGUGUCUAUAAAAUUGAUCCCGCCGGUUACUUCUGCGGCUAUAGAGCUGUUUCUGUUGGUGCUAAGCAAACGGAAGCUAAUUCCUACUUGGAAAAGAAGUUAAAAAAGAAACAAAAUUACGACCACGACGAAGCAAUUCAGCUCGCUAUCACAUGUUUGUCCACCGUCUUGUCUGUUGAUUUCAAACCAACAGAAAUUGAAGUUGGUGUUGUUUCAAAAGACAAUCCUAAAUUCAGGGUCCUGAAUGAACAGGAGAUCGAUAAACAUCUCACUGCGAUUGCUGAGAAGGAUUAACAAUACAGUGGUCACAGAAACACGACCUGAGUCGAUUAAGAGUAAAUUGUCAUCCCGGCUAAUAUUUUUUACAAGUUACAAAAGUAACAUUAAUGAUAUGUAUUAUGAUUAUUCUGCGUGAUUCUAACGCUGAAAUAAACACGGUUUUGUGGCUUAA